CCUUGUACAGAGAGAAACGUAAUAACGUAAGGAAUCUGCAGGAGCGAACCAUCGUAUUAUUCUUGUAUUCCCCAUUCUUCUUCUUCGAUUGAUUUCGUUUUGGAGGAGAGAUGUGGGAAUCGAUCUGCUUGACGUUGGUAGCGACCGCCGGAAACAAUAUCGGAAAAGUUCUCCAGAAGAAGGGCACCGUUAUCCUUCCUCCUCUCUCCCUCAAGCUCAAGGUGAUAAGGGCAUAUGCUGUUAACAAGGCUUGGGCAAUUGGGUUUCUCAUGGACAUUUUCGGAGCUUUGUUGAUGCUGAGAGCAUUAUCACAAGCCCCUGUGUCAGUUGUUCAGCCAGUCUCUGGGUGCGGACUUGCAAUUCUUUCUGUUUUCUCGCAUUUUUAUCUGAAGGAAGCCAUGAAUUUUGUUGACUGGAUUGGGAUUACGAUUGCUGGCAUUGGCACCAUAGGAGUUGGUGCUGGGGGCGAGGAGCAAGAAGCAUCAUCAAUAUCCGUCUUCCAGUUGCUGUGGCUGGCUUUUAUUGUUGCCAUCUUGUUUGUUCUAUUAAAUGGGUGGCUCCAUAUCUUCAAACGGCAACGCAGAGAGCAGGAGCUGAUGGAGCAUGAAGUUGUGGAAGAAAUUAUAUAUGGCUUGGAAUCCGGAAUUUUAUUUGGCAUGGCAUCUGUGAUAUCAAAGAUGGGUUUCGUAUUCGUGGAGCAGGGUUUCUCUGCAAUGUUCAUUCCCAUGUGCAUCUCUAUGAGCAUAUGCUGUAGCGGAACUGGAUUUUUCUAUCAGACUCGAGGGCUGAAACAUGGGAGGGCAAUCAUAGUUUCCACUUGCGCUGCUGUAGCAUCAAUUGUGACUGGUGUUCUCGCUGGAAUGCUUGCUUUAGGCGAAAAAUUGCCAUCUUCACCUACUGGACGGUUUGUACUUCUCCUUGGAUGGCUACUUAUCAUGGUAGGUGUUGUGUUGCUUGUGAGUUCAUCACGGCUUGUCCGGCAUCUUCCACGCUCUUUGCGGAAUUCCAGGCAGAACAGUGUAGAUCGAGUUUUUAACGCAAGGCGGACCCCACCUCACGCAAUGAAGGAUACAAACCCGAGCGCCGUUAUCCAAGCUGCGACUUUACACCAUCUCCUAUCAUCACCAUCAAAAGAAAAAGACUAGAACAACCUUGCUAAUUUGCUUAGGUGUGUUUUCCCUUUCCUCAGUUUUCCAGAUAUUUAACAGUUUUCGGGUUUUCAGAAUCUGGAUCAUCUGGGCGCAGUUCCAAUCACACCGGAACAGGACAGUUAAUGGCAGUUUGGUCAGACCCUUUUUCUUUCUGUGGGUUUUUUGUUUCUCCAGUUUGGUCUUAUUUGACAUAACUCGAGGGCUGAAAUCUGUAUUGUCUUGUCAUGUUCCGGGCUAUAGAAGAUGAAAGAAGUUUGCAUUUUCGUUCUAAUCUGUUAAACAUAUAUAGAAUACUUCCAAAUUAGCUUUCUCAGCUUCAAUAA